GCAUCCCUGCGCGGUAACGAAAGAGCAUACGAAUUCUUGUCGCCAUUGCCCUUUGCUGUGCUGCUGGACUUCGGAUCGAGAGUAGAUUUCCGACGAGCGAAGAGCGCUCUGCAUCCCAUUGGUGGCGAGUGAAAGAUUUUCAUCUCGGCCAUGCCCUUCAUUCGCAUCGAGAGACGCAUCGACUUCGUACCAUUACGACGGUAGUACAGCACGCAGAGCAUUGCUUGCUAAGUGCCCUUGAAGUUGUUGUUGGCUUACGAUUGCAUAACGAAUGAAAGGCGUACCUGUGUGCUAGGUCGACAUGUAGAGAACAAGAGCAAGGAAGCUAUACGAAUUGCGAAAAGCUUUAUUCACUGGCUUGAACAGCGAGCCACCUUGGUCAAGAGCUCCUCGUCAUCAAAAUACCCUAAACACCUAAUGUUAUACUUUUCCACAUUGCCUAGCAUGGAUUCCAUCGAUGGAUGAUAAAUAUUGAUUUUGCUUCACAAUCCCCUCCAGUGGCUGAAUAACAUUGAAUGCUUCGUAUUGACUUUUCUCUUGUCCCCGCGUGUACGUAUAGGCGUACUGAUAUCCUCUGCCUCUUUCUCUUUUCGUGUUUCUCUCACAACCAAACAUCCAUCAAUCGUUUCUUCGUCUCAAUCCAUCAUUUUCCUAUUAUCUAGCUAUCAUACUUGUUAGGUGCGCACUUGUGAAGGGUUGAAGGAAACGCUGGGCAACUGGGCAACUGGGCAAGGCAAAUAAACAAACAUAAAACAAUCUGCAUUCAUCGGUCAUCCAAAAGAAAAAAGGAAAGAAGGGGAAAAAAAAAAACAUUCGCUGCAGCACUUCCGAUCAAAGUUUUGAUUCACAUCAUACGAAACCAUCAGUCGUUAUAUCUGGAGAUUAUUUUGAGGAGGGAAAGCUUAACAUCAAACGCAUUUUUGAUCGUCUUCAAACUAUCCAAUACCGUCGUUCCAUUCAUCAAAGCAUCAGGUUUUCAAUUCUCAUCAAGCUUAAUCCAAACAUUGUGAAACGGAUAUCUACUUUUGAUAUAAAGCCGCCAGAUUCCCAACCACCGACUUUUGACGUUCACGACCGAGACUCAGACCAAAAGGACCAACUUCAUUUCAGCGUUCCACAAAUAUCCCUACAAACCUCUCGAUAUUACUCCACCACACCCAGGUUUCACGACGAUAAGGCUCAGAAUAUCUUGAUAAAAGUUGUAAUAGACCCACACCGGCGACAAUCACUGUCCACUUAUCGACUUAUACUUAGAAAUAUGCAAAACCAAAAUCACCCGCUACCCUCGCCCCCGGGCAAUCAAGAGCGGCCUGGGAACCGUCCAAGAGCAAAGACUUCAUCUGGCUUCAGUUUACAUUCUCAUAAGAGCAGUGGCAGUGGACAGAAACUCGAUCUCACAGAAUCACAUCGAGAAAAGGAAGCAAAAAGACUUCAUUCCAAAGCCGAUCCAUCUCUGGCCAUGACGGAAGCCGAACCUUCUGCUGUUGCAAACGAUGUUGCAACUUCAUUAGCACCCAUUCGAGCAAUUCAACAUAGAGAUAAGCAGGGAAACCCCAUCGCGGAUCCCGAUCGUUCAAAUCCUACGAGAAGCAGAUGGGAGAGACCUUUGGAUACAAUUCGAGCCUUCGAGGCAGCUAUUGAUGGAAACUACUCUUCGAGGAAAUCAAUGAUCCGCGGCUCUGAAUCCGAUGUAGGCUCAACAUACAAUCGACGAAACAGUUACUAUGCCGCAAGUCAAAUGCACAAUGACGAACGGCCAAGAUAUUCUCAGCAGAGCUAUUAUGGAGGAGGACAACAACCUCAAAGACAAAGUAGCCACUAUGGUGGUGAUGGACGACCAAAUGGAAUGACUAGGCCUGACAGUUAUUAUACUACCGAUAAUCAUGGAGGUCAUGGCAAUGGAUAUACCCCGAACAGAUCUCGAUAUCCUCGAACAGCAUCAGAACCACAAUUCAACAGUGGUGUUUACACCGCACCUGGUGGCCAGCAGCAUUCAUAUGAAACAGUGACAACUGCUUCCGGUAGUGGAAUGUCUGGAGACGCCGCAGGAUAUUCAACCGACCCCAGCAGCUUGAACAGUUCAGUAGAUGGACUUCAUGCACUACCGCAACAAGCAAAAGAACCCGCGGAGACAUAUGGAUUCAAUGGAUUUGGAAACAACCCCCAAUAUCCUCCACCUGGAAAUGGCAUUAAUGAGCAAAACGGAGCCCGAAGACAGCAGAUUGGCUUGAAUCAAGGACCUCCGCCCUCCAACAAUGAUAGUACACCACGAACUCCAAUUAACGUUGGUAUCACCAGUGAAAAUUCUUUACCUCAGAAAUCAGUCGUCCAAAUCACCAAAUCAGAUGCCAAACCUCAACCUGAAAAACGGAAAAGUUGGUUUGGAAGAAAGCUGAGCAAGAAUAAAUAAGAUAGAUGCUGGUCAUCCUCCAAUAUCUAUCACGCUAUUUACAAUCUAAUACGGAUAUGAGGAGAGAAUAAUCUUGGAGUGGAUUGUUGGAUUGUUGGAUGUAUGGUAUUGAUUGUGUUCUAACGAUUCUCAUGAUGGGCAAACAUAGGGGGUAGGGGCCAAGGGAUAUAAUGGAAUACACUUGGAAGCGGUUGGAUUAUUUUUGCAUCGGAAGGCGUCUGGGGUUGUAUUUCUUUGUGUCCACUACUAUUCCCAAAAGUUGGAUAGGGAAGGAGCUGUGAGCUUGCAGGCCUUACGUCUGGCCUUAAUUGGCUCCUUUGCCUAGAAGAGAUGAUUGGUGAUGAUUGGAGGUGAUGAGUUUGGAUGCGGAAGGCCUGAAUAUGAAGAUGACCAUUUAUCUGUCUACAUAUUUUCACAAUGAUUCAGCAGACUUCAUCCAUCGAUCCAAUUUUUGGGAUACUCAUGAUUUAUUUCCCCUAUUAUUACUCGAGCUUUGUGAUUAUUUGUUUUUCUAUAAAAGAUAACAGACACAUGACCUGACCCGAUAUAUUUUUUUUUUUUAACGUGAUCAUUUCUCAUACAACCACAAGAGUUCUUUUUCAUGAUCGUGACGUCUUCAAAUAUGCAUGAUUUGUACCUAUACUCCGUUGACGACUUUUCCUCUUCCACUGUGUCAAUAUCUUUAUCCACCACUAUCUUCGUGGUCAACUGAUUUGACCUAGUUUUUUUUUUGGUAGAAUUAAAUGAUGA